CGCGAAAAAGACGGCCCAGACGCGCCAAUUGCUUUCCUGGCGUCCUCCAGUUCCUCGUUACGGCACAGACGGCGCAUGCUAGCAGGCUGACGAGCACCGCUGUCGCUCUCUCUUUUUUCGUCCUCUCCCUCGCGCUUUUAAAGCCCCUUUUUAAACCUCCGCUCUUCGACGUUGCUUUUUAAUCGCCCGCCGAGCGUCAUGCCAGCCAGGACUUCCCUGCCGUUGCCAGAGGAUGUCAGGAAAAGGCUGCAGGUGCUACACGAAGAUGGCUCUUCAGACGAGGAUCACGUGAAAGAGAAGCUCAAGCUGGUGCAGGACUUCCUGCACGCCGACGCUCAGGACGCCCUCGAUAGCCUCGAGGAAAAGAUGAAAAGCUCAGAAAUCUCCGUGGAGGACUACAUCUCCAACGUGAAGUCCCUGCUGGGGAAGGAGCUAGAUCUGGAGAACGGCGAGGAGUCCAACGGCAAAACAAACGGCCUCAGCAACGGCUCCCACAAAGACGAGGACGCCGAGGACGAAGACGACGCAGUCAGGUCGCCCGGCGCUCGGAGAGGACGCAGGAGCAAGUCUGACGCUAAAACGUCUCCAGCCAGCUCCAGGGUGACGAGAAGUGGGGGCAAGCAACCAACCAUCAUGUCAAUGUUCUCCAAAGUUCAAAAGCGCAAGUCUGAAGACUUAAAUGGAGAAGCCACAAAUGGAGAAAGUGAGGCGAAACAGGACGAUGUUGCUGAGGAGUCCAAGCAGAAGCGUCUGAAGGUGGAAUCUGAUGACAAAGCUGGUCCUGAAGAAGUCCUGACUGAGACCAAGACAGUUUCUGCUCCAAAGACUCCUCCUCCCAAAUGUCCGGAUUGCAGGCAAUAUUUGGACGACUCCGACCUCAAGUUCUUUCAAGGCGAUCCAGACAAUGCGCUGGACGAGCCGGAGAUGUUGACCGACGAGCGCCUCUCCUUGUUCGACGCGAACGAGGACGGCUUCGAGAGCUACGAGGAUCUGCCGCAGCACAGGAUCACAAACUUUAGCGUGUACGACAAGCACGGCCAUCUUUGCCCCUUUGACGCCGGGCUGAUCGAGAGGAACGUGGAGCUGUACUUCAGUUGCGUCGUCAAACCCAUCUACGACGACAACCCCUGCUUGGACGGUGGCGUUCCUGCAAAGAAACUUGGACCCAUUAAUGCUUGGUGGAUUACGGGAUUUGAUGGAGGAGAAAAAGCUCUGAUCGGGUUCACCACAGCGUUUGCGGACUACAUCCUGAUGAAUCCCAGCGAGGAGUACUCGUCCAUCUUUGCGCUGAUGCAGGAGAAGAUCUAUAUGAGCAAAAUAGUGGUGGAGUUCCUCCAGAAGAAUCCGGACGCCAGUUACGAGGAUCUUCUCAACAAAAUUGAGACCACGGUGCCGCCGCCGGGCCUGAAUUUCAACUGCUUCACCGAGGACACGCUGCUGCGCCACGCCCAGUUCGUGGUGGAGCAGGUGGAGAGCUACGACGAGGCCGGCGACUCGGACGAGCAGCCGAUCAUCGUCACGCCCUGCAUGCGCGACCUCAUCAAGCUGGCCGGCGUCACGCUGGGCAAGAGGCGAGCUGCGAGACGACAAGCCAUCCGUCACCCGACCAAGAUCGAGAAGGACAGCAAGGGUCCCACCAAAGCCACCACCACCAAGCUGGUCUACCUGAUCUUUGACACCUUCUUCUCGGAGCAGCUCGAACAGGACGACAAGGACAGCGUCACCAAACGGCAGCGCUGCGGCGUCUGCGAGGUUUGUCAAUCUCCUGACUGUGGCAAGUGUGUCGCCUGCAAGGACAUGAUAAAAUUUGGAGGAAGUGGCAAAAGCAAACAAGCGUGCAAGCAAAGAAGGUGCCCGAACUUGGCCGUGAAGGAGGCCGAGGAUGAUGAGAACAUAGAGGAGGAGGAAGACGUGCCCGUGAAGACCAAGAAGGCGUCUCGGGAGAAGAGGACGAAGCAGACGCAGUGCAAGCUGGCGUGGAUCGGCGAGCCCAUUCAGGGCGAGAACAAGAAACAGUACUACAAAAAGGUCUCCGUGAAUGAUGAAGAGCUGGAGGUUGGCGACUGCGUUUCAGUAUCCUCUGAGGAUCCAUCCACUCCGUUAUACCUGGCUAGGAUCACGGCCAUGUGGGAGGACAACAACGGCAAGAUGUUUCACGCCCACUGGUUCCUCCGCGGCACUCAAACGGUGCUGGGCGAGUCGUCCGACCCCCUGGAAUUGCUCCUGGUGGACGACUGCGAGGACAUGUCGCUCAGCUACAUCCAAGGAAAAGUCAAUGUCACCUACAAGGCACCCUCCAACAAUUGGUUCAUGGAGGGUGGGAUGGAUGUGGACGUCAAGGUGAUCGAAGACGACGGUAAAAGUUUCUUCUAUCAGUUCUGGUACGACACGGAUUUUGCCCGCUUUGAGACACCGCCCAAGACCGCGCCGUCGGACGACUGCAAGUUUAAAUUUUGUAGCAGCUGCGUGAGGAUCAAAGAGCGCGAGGAGCGAGAGAAUCCGCGUGCAUUUGAGCCGCUGGACGAAGAGCACGACUCAAAAGCGCUCUACGCGUUGGCCUGCUUCAGAGGCGAGCAGUUCCGGGUUGGAGACGGCGUCUACUUGCCACCUGAGACCUUUAACUUCAGUGUGAAAGCAACCAGCCCUGUGAAGCGCUCCCACAGAAAAGACGACGUGGACGAGGACUUGUACCCAGAAUACUACAGAAAGUCCUCGGACUACAUCAAGGGCUCCAACCAGGACGCGCCAGAACCGUUCCGGGUCGGCCGCAUCAAGGAGAUCUUCUGUCACCGGCGCAGCAACAGCAAGGCGGAAUUGUCGGAGGUCAAACUCCGACUGUACAAGUUCUACAGGCCUGAAAACACCCACAAAGGAGUGAAAGCCAGCUACCACACGGAUGUCAAUCAACUGUACUGGAGCGACGAGGAGGUCACUGUCAGCAUGUCGGACGUGCUCGGACGCUGUCAUGUAGAAUACGGGGAGGACCUCAACGAGUCGGUCCAAGAAUAUUCCAACAGGGGACCGGACCGCUUCUAUUUCCUGGAGGCUUAUAACGCCAAAACCAAAACUUUUGAGGAUCCUCCAAACCACGCUCGCUCUGCCACGCACAAAAGCAAAGGAAAGGGCAAAGGGAAAGGUAAGGGCAAAGGCAAGGCUUCAGCCGUUCAAGAAACUGCAGAGCAGCUUGGUGAACAACAGAUUCCCGAAGUGCAGAAAUAUCGCACACUGGACGUGUUCUCAGGCUGUGGCGGUCUCUCCAAAGGCUUCCACCAGGCCGGGAUUUCUGAGACGGAGUGGGCCAUCGAGAUGUGGGAGCCGGCGGCGCAAGCCUUCAGGCUCAACAACCCGGGCACCACCGUGUUCACGGAAGACUGCAACGUGUUACUCAAGCUGGUCAUGUCCGGCGAGAAGACCAACUCCCUGGGCCAGUUGCUUCCGCAGAAGGGCGACGUGGAGAUGCUGUGCGGCGGACCCCCGUGCCAAGGCUUCAGCGGCAUGAAUCGCUUCAACUCGCGCACGUACUCAAAAUUCAAGAACUCGCUGGUGGUCUCCUACCUCAGUUACUGCGACUACUACAGACCGAAGUUCUUCCUGCUUGAGAACGUGAGGAACUUUGUGUCCUUCAAAAAAUCCAUGGUCCUCAAGUUGACUCUGCGCUGCCUCGUCAGAAUGGGAUACCAGUGCACUUUUGGAGUCCUGCAGGCGGGUCAGUACGGCGUUGCCCAGACUCGCCGCAGAGCUAUCAUCCUGGCCGCCGCUCCCGGGGAGAAGCUGCCUCGCUAUCCCGAGCCUUUGCACGUGUUCGCUCCCAGAGCCGUUUCCCUCAGCGUGGUGGUGGACGAGAAGAAAUACGUCAGCAACGUCACGCGCGGCAACGGCGGCAUCUACAGAACCAUCACGGUCCGCGACACCAUGUCCGACCUGCCUGAGAUCCGCAACGGUGCCGCUGCCAUGGAGAUUUCCUACAACGGCGAGCCUCAGUCGUGGUUCCAGAGGCAGAUCCGCGGCACGCAGUACCAGCCCAUCCUCAGGGAUCACGUCUGCAAGGACAUGAGCGCUCUGGUGGAGGGCCGCAUGCGUCACAUCCCGUUGGCUCCCGGCUCGGACUGGAGAGACCUACCCAACAUCGAAGUGCGCCUGAGGGACGGCACCAUGACCAAGAAAUUGCGCUACACGCACCGCGACAAGAAGAACGGACGCAGCAGGACGGGCGCGCUCAGAGGCGUCUGCACCUGUGCCGGAGGAAAUCCUUGCGAUCCGGCCGACCGGCAGUUUAACACGCUGAUCCCGUGGUGUCUGCCUCACACCGGAAACCGCCACAAUCACUGGGCGGGACUCUACGGGAGGCUGGAGUGGGACGGCUUCUUCAGUACCACCGUCACCAACCCUGAGCCCAUGGGAAAACAGGGCCGUGUUCUCCACCCUGAGCAGCACCGAGUGGUCAGCGUGAGGGAGUGCGCUCGCUCUCAGGGCUUCCCCGACACGUACCGCUUCUUCGGGAACAUCCUGGACAAACACAGACAGGUGGGCAACGCCGUCCCCCCGCCCCUCUCCAGAGCCAUCGGAAUGGAGAUCAAGAAGUGUGUGAUUGACAGGAUGAAGGAAGAACAGACAGCAGAGAACAUCAAACAAGAGAAGAUGGAGGUGUCGGACUAGUUCGCCUCCCGGCAAUAAGUGCCCACGGUGGGGGAUGACCGCCUUCUGGCUCGGCACACGUUUACUGAUCAGAAAGCAAUUUUGAAAUGUUCUUUUAAUCCCUCUUAACAUGUUGGAUAAAUUGUAUGUAGUUUUAUAUGUAAUAUUUCAAAUAAAGCUCUUAUGACGUGGA